UUAAAAAGUCCAAAGCUCUCUCCACCAAUCUAAAUCCCUCUCCUUUUAAAUCUGAGAAGAAAAUUCCAGAAAAGGAAAGAAAAGAAUAGAAGCAAAACCCAACUGAUUUGCUUUUGCUCAGCUCGUUGUUUACUGUGUGUUAUUUUGGGUUUCGAUUUUUUCCGGCGAUGAAUGACGGCGGAGAUGUGAAUAUGGAGGAGGGAGGGGGCGGAGAGAAGGGGGUGUUGAUGUGGGGUUAUCUUCCCGGAGCUCUGCCGCAAAGGUCGCCGCUUUUGUCGCCGACGGUUGUGCGGCCGGGUGGUGAUUACUCCUGGAGGGAUGUGUUUGGCGGCGGUUGCGGCUUCGCCAUGGCCAUUUCUGAGUCUGGAAAGCUGAUUACAUGGGGUUCGACAGAUGAUCUGGGUCAAAGCUAUGUGACAUCUGGGAAGCAUGGGGAAACACCGGAGCCUUUUCCUCUUCCAGCUGAAGUUUCUCUAGUUAAGGCAGCUGCAGGUUGGGCGCAUUGUGUUGCAGUUACAGAUACUGGAGGAGUUUACACAUGGGGAUGGAAAGAGUGUGUUCCCUCUGGGAAGGUCAUUGCUGAAGCAUCUACGAGUGCAAACUUUGAAAAGGAUGUAUUGGAAAGGCAGAGUUCUUUCUUGACAGACCAAGUUAGCCCUCGCUCUCAAGGCUCACGGUCCACUGGUGGAACCAUGUCUGCUACUGAAGCUAGAGGAGCUGGAGAAGAAAGUUCAAAGCGAAGAAGAGUAUCUUCAGCAAAGCAAGCAGCUGAAAGUUCAUUGUCUGGUGAUGAAACUCUCUCAGCAUUGCCAUGUCUUGUGACUUUGAACCCAGGAGUUAGAAUAGCCAAUGUUGCUGCUGGGGGACGCCAUACUCUAGCAUUGUCAGAUAUGGGACAGGUGUGGGGAUGGGGAUAUGGAGGUGAAGGGCAGCUUGGUCUGGGCUCACGGAUACGUAUGGUGUCCACCCCUCAUCCUAUUCCUUGUAUCAAGUCCUCUUCUUAUGGGAUCAUGAAUUCAGAGGAACACAGUUUCAGAGUACCUGGAAGUUAUGUCAAAGGGAUUGCCUGCGGAGGUCGACAUAGUGCAGUGAUAACAGAUGCUGGAGCACUACUUACUUUCGGUUGGGGGCUUUAUGGACAGUGUGGGCAAGGAAGUACAGAUGAUGAGCUAACCCCAAUAUGUGUCUCUUCGUUACUCGGUAUCCGGAUAGAGAGUGUUGCUGCAGGACUGUGGCAUACUGUCUGCAUAUCAGCUGAUGGUGAUGUUUAUGCAUUUGGGGGGAAUCAGUUUGGACAGUUGGGAACUGGAGCUGAUCAAGCUGAGACUAUUCCAAGACUUUUGGAUGCUCCUAUUCUGGAAAAUGCGAACGCAAAAAUUGUUUCCUGUGGAGCUCGUCAUAGUUGCAUUAUCACUGAGGACGCAAAAGUGUUUGGCUGGGGAUGGAACAAGUAUGGCCAGCUUGGCUUGGGUGAUGUGAUCGACCGCAACAUUCCAGCGCAAGUCAUAAUCGAUGGAUGUGUCCCGAAAAACGUGGCAUGUGGCUGGUGGCAUACCUUGCUUCUGGCUGAACUACCCACUUGAGCUCCUCUAAUUCACAGGCCAAAGAGGCCAUGCAUGGUACAGUUUUGUUAGGCAUCAGUAAUUCCUUGGACUAGUAGUCAUCUGAGUUGCAUGUACAUACAUUAGCUUGUAUAUCAUAUAUAUGUAUGUACUCUGUACGUAUAUAUGUAUAUACAUGCAUUGCUCAUUCUUCCAUGGUAGAGGUUCAUCAUCACGAUCUGCAUAUCAAUCGCAUCAGUUCGGUGAUGUACUACAUGUUCAGUCCAUUGUGUAUACCUGCCAUGAUGGUGAUCAAUGUAAUUAUAUUUGUAUGAGGGGGCUUUAGGAAAUCUUCAAUCAUGUAAGGGGGAUGGUUCUCUUCUGUUCAAUCAAUGAAAUUAUGUGAUAAUGUUUUCUGUUA